AUGGUGCAGACUAUAACUGCCAAUGUCACAGGACCCAACAUCACACUGACGUGGAUGGUCAAUCCGCUUCCAGGAAUGGUGAUCCUCAACUAUCGAAUCAUUGCCAACUGCACAGACCACACCGGUGGGGUCCAGCAGAUUCACAGCUCCCAGCCUGCAAACAUGACCACUUUGGUUUUAACAGGUCUGGGCUCCCUGUCAGUGUGUACCUCUGUCAUCCAAGUAAACACCUCCUCAGAUGGCCCGGUGACCUCCCGACCUUUUACCUUCGACAUCUACUCUGAAGUGGAUGAAUGUCUGCAGGACAAUGGCGGCUGCUCCCAGCUCUGUGUGAACACUGUGGGCAGUUACCACUGUGACUGUCACCCAGGGUACACCCUGAGACCCGGAAACAGUUCAACGUGCACAGAUGUGGAUGAAUGCCUGCAGGACAAUGGCGGCUGCUCCCAGCUCUGUGUGAACACGGUGGGCAGUUACCACUGUGACUGUCACCCAGGGUACACCCUGAGACCCGGAAACAGAACAUCAUGCACAGAUGUGGAUGAGUGUCAGAGUGGGAGCCACAACUGUCACAGCUCGGCUUCCUGUUCCAACAGCCCCGGCUCCUUCCAGUGUGUGUGCGGGGCUGGCUACACUGGGGACGGACGGAAUUGUACAGAUGUGGAUGAAUGUCAGAGUGGGAGCCACGAUUGUCACAGCUCGGCCUCCUGUUCCAACAGUCCCGGCUCCUUCCAGUGUGUCUGUGGGGCUGGCUACACUGGGGAUGGAAGGACUUGUACAGAUGUGGAUGAAUGUCAGCAGGACAAUGGCGGCUGCUCCCAGCUCUGUGUGAACACGGUGGGCAGUUACCACUGUGACUGUCACCCAGGGUACACCCUGAGGCCCGGAAACAGAACAUCAUGCACAGAUGUCAACGAGUGUGCGGAUCCGGCACAGAAUCAGUGUGACAGCAACGCUCAGUGUCUGAACUCGAUGGGUUCCUACCACUGUGAGUGCAAAUCCUAUUACAGAGGGAACGGGACGCACUGUGAAGAUUGCUUUUGCCCACCAGAAAUUAUCCCAGGAUCUGUGGAUCUGCAGACUCUUUCAAGGAAUCCCUGUCCCUGUGUGUCUGGUUUCAUCGUGUCCAAUAAUUUCCAAAGCUACUACCAGCAUAGUGCAGACAUGUACUGGUUCUUCAACCUGGUCCAGGUGUCUAACUCCACUCACCUGUACACAGGAAUCCGUUUCAGGGUGGACUUGUUGACUGUGACUUCCCAGAAAGAUUACAUCUCCUUCAGCUGUGGAAUGAAUCCUGAUCAAGGCGUGCAAUUCAACUUGACUGAGGAAGACGUAGACAUCGGCACAUUUCGUGUCUUCAACUGCACUAACGUGUGGGUCCAUUUCCAUUCUGGUCCACACACACCAAGCACAAACUUCAACAUUUAUUAUGAAAUGGAGUGGUAUCCCUGCCGGAGAGUGGAUUGCGAUGUAACUGCAAGCUGUGGCUCAGAUAGGUCAGGAUAUCCGGUGUGUAUCUGCGUGCCAGGCUGGAGUGAAUCGGAGACCGGAUGUUAUGACAUUAGGAACAUGGUGCAGACUGUAGGUGCCAACGUUAGAGGACCUAACAUCACACUGACGUGGGGAGUCAAUCCAAUUCCAGGAAUUGUGAUCCUCGACUAUCAAAUUAAUAUCAAUUGUACAAACCACACCGGUGGGGUCCAGCAGAUACAGAGCUCUCAGCCUGCAAACAUGACCACUUUAAUUUUAACAGGUCUGGGCUCCCUGUCCAUGUGUACGACUAUCAUCCAGGUGAACACCUCCUCAGAUGGCCUGGUGACCUCCCGACCUUUCACCUUCAACAUCCACUCUGAUGUGGAUGAAUGCCUGCAAGACAAUGGGGGCUGCUCCCAGCUCUGUGUGAACACGGUGGGCAGUUACCACUGUGACUGUCACCCAGGGUACACCCUGAGACCCGGAAACAGAACAACGUGCACAGAUGUGGAUGAAUGUCUGCGGGACAAUGGCGGCUGCUCCCAGCUCUGUGUGAACACGGUGGGCAGUUACCACUGUGACUGUCACCCAGGGUACACCCUGAGACCCGGAAACAGAUCAAUGUGCACAGAUGUCAAUGAGUGUGUGGAUCCAGCGCUGAAUCAGUGUGACAGCAACGCUCAGUGUCUGAACUCGAUGGGUUCCUACCACUGUGAGUGCAAAUCCUAUUACAGAGGGAACGGGACACACUGUGAAGGUUGCUUUUGCCCACCAGAAAUGAUCCCAGGAUCUGUGGAUCUUCAGGCUCUUUCAAGGAAUGUUUGUCCCUGUGUAUCUGGUUUCAUCUUGUCCAAUAAUUUCCACCGCUAUUACCAGCAUAGAGCAGACAUGUACUGGUUCUUCAACUUGGUCCAGGUGUCUAACUCCACUCACCUGUACACAGGAAUCCGAUUCAGGGUGGACUUGUUGACUGUGACGUCCCAGGAAGAUCACAUCUCCUUUGGCUGUGGAAUGAAUCCUGAUCAAGACGUGCGAUUCUCUUUGACUGAGGAAGACUUAAACAUCGGAACAUUUCAUGUCUCCAACUGCACUAACAUGUGGGUCCAUUUCCAUUCUGGUCCACACACACCAAGCACAAAGUUCAACAUUUACUAUGAAAUGGAGUGGUAUCCCUGCCGGAGAGUGGAUUGUGAUGUAACUGCAAGCUGUGGCUCAGAUAGGUCAGGAUAUCCGGUGUGUAUCUGCGUGCCAGGCUGGAGAGAAUCAGAGACCGGAUGUUAUGACAUUAGGAACAUGGUGCAGACUGUAACUGCCAAUGUCACAGGACCCAACAUCACACUGACGUGGAUGGUCAAUCCGCUUCCAGGAAUUGUGAUCCUCAACUAUCGAAUCAAUGCCAAUUGUACAAACCACACUGGCGGGGUCCAGCAGAUUCAGAGCUCCCGGCCUGCAGAUGCGACCACUUUAGUUUUAACAGGUCUGGGCUCCCUGUCAGUGUGUACGACUAUCAUCCAGGUAAACACCUCCUCAGAUGUCCUGGUGACCUCCCGACCUUUUACCUUCAACGUCCACUCUGCUUGCUUUUGCCCACCAGAAAUUAUCCCAGGAACUGUGGAUCUGCAGACUCUUUCAAGGAAUCCCUGUCCCUGUACAUCUGGUUUCAUCGUGUCCAGUCAUUUCCACCGCUACCAGCAUAGUGCAGACAUGUACUGGUUCUUCAACCUGGUCCAGGUGUCUAACUCCACUCACCUGUACACAGGAAUCCGAUUCAGGGUGGACUUGUUGAUUGUGACAUCCCAGGAAGAUCACAUCUCCUUUGGCUGUAGAAUGAAUCCUGAUCAAGACGUGCGAUUCUCUUUGACUGAGGAAGACGUAGACAUCAGCACAUUUCAUGUCUCCAACUGCACUAACGUGUGGGUCCAUUUCCAUUCUGGUCCACAAACACCAAGCACAAAGUUCAACAUUUACUAUGAAAUGGACUGGACUCCCUGCCGAAGAUUGGAUUGUAACGUAACUGCAAGCUGUGGCUCAGAUAAAUCAGGAUAUCCGGUGUGUAUCUGCGUGCCAGGCUGGAGUGAAUCAGAGACCGGAUGUUAUGACAUUAGGAACAUGGUGCAGACUGUAACCGCCAAUGUCACAGGACCCAACAUCACACUGACGUGGAUGGUCAAUCCGCUUCCAGGAAUGGUGAUCCUCAACUAUCAAAUCAUCACCAAUUGCACAAACCAGACCGGUGGGGUCCAGCAGAUUCAGAGCUCCCGGCCUGCAGACACGUCCACUUUAGUUUUAACAGGUCUGGGCUCCCUGUCCAUGUGUACGACUAUCGUCCAGAUAAACACGUCCUCCGAUGGCCUAGUGACCUCUCGACCUUUCACCUUCAACAUCCACUCUGAUGUGGAUGAAUGUCUGCAGGACAAUGGCGGCUGCUCCCAGCUCUGUGUGAACACGGUGGGCAGUUACCACUGUGACUGUCACCCAGGGUACACCCUGAGGCCCGGAAACAGAACAUCAUGCACAGAUGUCAAUGAGUGUGCCGAUCCAGCGCUGAAUCAGUGUGACAGCAACGCUCAGUGUCUGAACUCGAUGGGUUCCUACCACUGUGAGUGCAAAUCCUAUUACAGAGGGAACGGGACGCACUGUGAAGGUUGCUUUUGCCCACCAGAGAUUAUCCCAGGAACUGUGGAUCUCCAGGCUCUUUCAAAGAAUCCCUGUCCCUGUGUAUCUGGUUUCAUCGUGUCCAAUAAUUUCCCCAGCUACUACCAGAAUAGUGCAGACAUGUACUGGUUCUUCAACUUGGUCCAGGUGUCUAACUCCACUCACCUGUACACAGGAAUCCGAUUCAGGGUGGACUUGUUGACUGUGACGUCCCAGGAAGAUCACAUCUCCUUUGGCUGUGGAAUGAAUCCUGAUCAAGACGUGCAGUUCACCUUGACUAAGGAAGACGUAGACAUCGGCACAUUUCGUAUCUCCAACUGCACUAACAUGUGGGUCCAUUUCCAUUCUGGUCCACAAACACCAAGCACAAAGUUUAACAUUUAUUAUGAAAUGGAGUGGUAUCCCUGCCGGAGAGUGGAUUGUGAUGUAACUGCAAGCUGUGGCUCAGAUAGGUCAGGAUAUCUGGUGUGUAUCUGCGUGCCAGGCUGGAGUGAAUCAGAGACCGGAUGUUAUGAUAUUAGGAACAUGGUGCAGACUGUAACUGCCAAUGUCACAGGACCCAACAUCACACUGACGUGGAUGGUCAAACCACUUCCAAGAAUGGUGAUCCUCAACUAUCGAAUCAUCGCCAAUUGCACAAACCGUGCAGGUGGGGUCCAGCAGAUUCAGAGCUCCCAACCUGUAGGCACAACCACUUUGGUUUUUGCAGGUCUGGGUUCUCUGUCCAUGUGUACGACUGUCAUCCAGGUAAACACCUCGUCAGACGGCCUGGUGACCUCCCAACCUUUCACCUUCAACAUCCACUCCGAUGUGGAUGAAUGCCUGCAGGACAAUGGCGGCUGCUCCCAGCUCUGUGUGAACACGGUGGGCAGUUACCACUGUGACUGUCACCCAGGGUACAUCCUGAGACCCGGAAACAGAUCAACAUGCACAGAUGUCAACGAGUGUGCGGAUCCGGCACUGAAUCAGUGUGACAGCAACGCUCAGUGUCUGAACUUGAUGGGUUCCUACCACUGUGAGUGCAAAUCCUAUUACAGAGGGAACGGGACGCACUGUGAAGGUUGCUUUUGCCCACCAGAAAUUAUCCCAGGAACUGUGGAUCUCCAGGCUCUUUCAAGGAAUCCCUGUCCCUGUGUAUCUGGUUUCAUCGUGUCCAAUAAUUUCCAAAGCUACUACCAGAAUAGUGCAGACAUGUACUGGUUCUUCAACCUGGUCCAGGUGUCUAACUCCACUCACCUGUACACAGGAGUCCGAUUCAGGGUGGACUUGUUGACUGUGACGUCCCAGGAAGAUCACAUCUCCUUUGGCUGUGGAAUGAAUCCUGAUCAAGACGUGCGAUUCACUUUGACUCAGGAAGACGUAGACAUAGACACAUUUCGUGUCUCCAACUGCACUAACAUGUGGGUCCAUUUCCAUUCUGGUCCACAAACACCAAGCACAAAGUUCAACAUUUACUAUGAAAUGGAGUGGUAUCCUUGUCGGAGAGUGGAUUGUGAUGUAACUGCAAUGUGUGGAUUAGAUAGGUCAGGAUAUCCAGUGUGUAUCUGCGUGCCAGGCUGGAGUGAAUCAGAGACCGGAUGUUAUGACAUUAGGAACAUGGUGCAGACUGUAACCGCCAAUGUCACAGGAUCCAACAUCACGCUGACGUGGAUGGUCAAUCCGUUUCCAGGAAUGGUGAUCCUCAACUAUCGAAUCAUCGCCAAUUGCACAAACCACACCGGUGGGAUCCAGCAGAUUCAGAGCUCCCAGCCUGCAGACGCAACCACUUUAGUUUUAACAGGUCUGGGCUCCCUGUCCACGUGUACAACUAUCAUCCAGAUAAACACGUCCUCUGAUGGCCUGGUGACCUCGCGACCUUUCACCUUCAACAUCCACUCUGAUGUGGAUGAAUGUCUGCAGGACAAUGGAGGCUGCUCCCAGCUCUGUGUGAACACGGUGGGCAGUUACCACUGUGACUGUCACCCAGGGUACACCCUGAGACCCGGAAACAGAUCAAGGUGCACAGAUGUCAACGAGUGUGCGGAUCCGGCACUGAAUCAGUGUGACAGCAACGCUCAGUGUCUGAACUCGAUGGGUUCCUACCACUGUGAGUGCAAAUCCUAUUACAGAGGGAACGGAACGCACUGUGAAGGUUGCUUUUGCCCACCAGAAAUUAUCCCAGGAACUGUGGAUCUCCAGGCUCUUUCAAGGAAUCCCUGUCCCUGUGUAUCUGGUUUCAUUGUGUCCAAUAAUUUCCACCGCUACUACCAGAAUAGUGCAGACAUGUACUGGUUCUUCAACUUGGUCCAGGUGUCUAACUCCACUCACCUGUACACAGGAAUCCGAUUCAGGGUGGACUUGUUGACUGUGAUGUUCCAGGAAGAUCGCAUUUCCUUUGGCUGUGGACUGAAUCCUGAUGAAAACAUGCGAUUCACGUUGACUCAGGAAGACGUAGACAUCGGAACAUUUCGUGUCUCCAACUGCACUAACAUGUGGGUCCAUUUCCAUUCUGGUCCACAAACACCAAGCACAAAGUUCAACAUUUAUUUUGAAAUGGAGUGGUAUCCCUGCCGGAGAGUGGAUUGUGAUGGAACUGCAAGCUGUGGCUCAGAUAGGUCAGGAUAUCCGGUGUGUAUCUGCGUGCCAGGCUGGAGAGAAUCGGAGACUGGAUGUUAUGACAUUAGGAACAUGGUGCAGACUGUUAGUGCCAAUGUCACAGGAUCCAAAAUCACACUGAUGUGGAUGGUCAAUCCACUUCCAGGAAUGGUGAUCCUCAACUAUCAAAUCAACGCCAAUUGCACAAACCACACUGGCGGGGUCCAGCAGAUUCAGAGCUCCUGGCCUGCAGACACGCCCACUUUAGUUUUAACAGGUCUGGGCUCCCUGUCCGUGUGUACGACUAUCAUCCAGGUGAACACCUCCUCAGAUGGCCUGGUGACCUCCCGACCUUUUACCUUCGACAUACACUCCGAUGUGGAUGAAUGUCUGCAGGACAAUGGGGGCUGCUCCCAGCUCUGUGUGAACACAGUGGGCAGUUACCACUGUGACUGUCACCCAGGGUACACCCUGAGACCCGGAAACAGAACAACGUGCACAGAUGUGGAUGAAUGUCUGCGGGACAAUGGCGGCUGCUCCCAGCUCUGUGUGAACACGGUGGGCAGUUACCGCUGUGACUGUCACCCAGGGUACACACUGAGACCCGGAAACAGAUCAAUGUGCACAGAUGUGGAUGAGUGUCAGAGUGGGAGCCACGACUGUCACAGCUCAGCCUCCUGUUCCAAUAGUCCCGGCUCCUUCCAGUGUGUCUGUGGGGCUGGCUACACUGGGGACGGAAGGACUUGUACAGAUGUGGAUGAAUGUCUGUGGGACAAUGGCAGCUGCUCCCAGCUCUGUGUGAACAUGGUGGGCAGUUACCACUGUGACUGUCACCCAGGGUACACCCUGAGACCCGGAAGCAGAAUGACAUGCACAGAUGUGGAUGAGUGUCAGACUGGGAGCCACAACUGUCACAGCUCAGCCUCCUGUUCCAAUAGUCCCGGCUCCUUCCAGUGUGUGUGUGGGGCUGGCUACACUGGGGAUGGAAGGACUUGUACAGAUGUGGAUGAAUGUCUGUGGGACAAUGGCAGCUGCUCCCAGCUCUGUGUGAACAUGGUGGGCAGUUACCACUGUGACUGUCACCCAGGGUACACCCUGAGACCCGGAAGCAGAAUGACAUGCACAGAUGUGGAUGAGUGUCAGACUGGGAGCCACAACUGUCACAGCUCAGCCUCCUGUUCCAAUAGUCCCGGCUCCUUCCAGUGUGUGUGUGGGGCUGGCUACACUGGGGAUGGAAGGACUUGUACAGAUGUGGAUGAAUGUCUGUGGGACAAUGGCAGCUGCUCCCAGCUCUGUGUGAACAUGGUGGGCAGUUACCACUGUGACUGUCACCCAGGGUACACCCUGAGACCCGGAAGCAGAAUGACAUGCACAGAUGUGGAUGAGUGUCAGACUGGGAGCCACAACUGUCACAGCUCAGCCUCCUGUUCCAAUAGUCCCGGCUCCUUCCAGUGUGUGUGUGGGGCUGGCUACACUGGGGAUGGAAGGACUUGUACAGAUGUGGAUGAAUGUCUGCAGGACAAUGGCGGCUGCUCCCAGCGAUGUGCAAACUCAGUGGGCAGUUACCUCUGUGGUUGUCACCCAGGGUACAUGCCGAUUCUCGGAAGCAGAACAUCAUGCACAGAUGUCAACGAGUGUGCGGAUCCGGUGCUGAAUCAGUGUGACAGCAACGCUCAGUGUCUGAACUCGAUGGGUUCCUACCACUGUGAGUGCAAAUCCUAUUACAGAGGGAAUGGGACGCACUGUGAAGGUUGCUUUUGCCCACCAGAAAUUAUCCCAGGAACUGUGGAUCUGCAGACUCUUUCAAGGAAUCCCUGUCCCUGUGUGUCUGGUUUCAUCGUGUCCAAUAAUUUCCAAAGCUACUACCAGCAUAGUGCAGACAUGUACUGGUUCUUCAACCUGGUCCAGGUGUCUAACUCCACUCACCUGUACACAGGAAUCCGAUUCAGGGUGGAUUUGUUGACUGUGACAUCCCAGGAAGAUCACAUCUCCUUUGGCUGUGGAAUGAAUCCUGAUCAAGACAUGCGAAUCACUUUCACUGAGAAACACUUGGACAUCAGAACAUUUAGUGUCUCCAAUUGCACGAGCAUGUGGGUCCAUUUCCAUUCUGGUCCACACACACCAAGCACAAAGUUCAACAUUUAUUAUGAAAUGGAGUGGUAUCCCUGUCGGAGAGUGGAUUGUGAUGUAACUGCGACGUGUGGCUCAGAUAGGUCAGGAUAUCCGGUGUGUAUCUGCGUGCCAGGCUGGAGUGAAUUGGAGACCGGAUGUUAUGACAUUAGGAACAUGGUGCAGACUGUAACCACCAAUAUCAUUGGACCCAACAUCACAUUGAUGUGGAUGGUCAAUCCACUUCCAGGAAUGGUGAUCCUCAACUAUCGAAUCAUCGCCAAUUGCACAAACCAGACCGGUGGGGUCCAGCAGUUUCAAAGCUCCCAGCCUGCAGACACGACCACUUUAGUUUUAACAGGACUGGGCUCCCUGUACAUGUGCACCACUGUCAUCCAGGUGAACACCUCCUCAGAUGGUCUGGUGACCUCCCGACCUUUUACCUUCGACAUCCGCUCCGAGAUGAUCCUGGAGCCUUUACGUUUAAUCUCCAUCUCAGCCACUGAUGCUGUUAUUUCAUGGGGUUCCCGUAGGAGUGUAAGUAGUCUGAGAGCCUGCCGACUCAACUAUUACAAUACUGGGGCUCCCCAUAUGAUUCAUACCAUCAAUGCCAGCUCAGUCAGUACAGAGACACUGAUCACAGGGUUGGAACCAAAUACCGCAUACACUACGUUCAUGGAGUGUGAUUUUCCCUUGAAUCAAACAAUCACUUCCCAGCCUCUUGAAAUUACCACUCCUUCAUAUUGGCAAUUUUUAAGCAACCUAAGUGUUUCUCAUGUCACAGCAAGUGUCGCUGUGAUUAGCUGGGACCCACCAAAGUCACAAACUGUCCUGGUUGUAUCGUACCACAUUAACUAUGGCCCCUAUGGGAGCAACAGACUCAUGAAGACAGUGGUUACUGUUCCUCCAAUCACAAGAGUGAUCCUCACAGAUCUGAAUGAGUCAACACUCUAUGUUGUGUCAGCUUCUGCAAAAACUUUCUUUGGAGAUAAGGACAGUGGUUUGCUGUUGAAAUUUAUGACCCAAAGCUUCAUUCAGCCAGUCAAGAUUCCAUCAGCCCCUCAAGAAGUGAAGGUGGGGGAGUUUGAACAAUGCUGUGUGCUUGUUAGCUGGAAACCUCCAUCAGCACCUAAGGAGAAAAUAAUACAGUACAAUGUUGAUGUCCAGGUCAAUGAAUCCUCAUCAGUGCAAUACACAACAACUGUAAACUAUAUCUACCUGCAAGACCUGGAUCCAAAUCAGAUCUAUAUUAUCAGUGUGUCUGCAGUGAAUAGUCAAGGUGUAAGAUCGGCCAGUGAGAAGCUAUCUGUCAGAAUGAUCCAGCAUCCUGAAGCAACAGCAAAAAUAAAGCCACGAUUACUGAUCAGUGAAGAUUUCUCAGUAAGGGUAUCGAGCAUCUUCUUGAGGCUUCCGGAGUGCGGAGUAUUCGAUGCAGCUGCGAAACAGCUGAAUGCCACAUACGGUCGCCUCUCCAUCUACAUUGUUGUUGCAACGGAGAAAGUUGCCUCUGAGAAUUUUACCCUGCUGUCUCUGGACACACUUCCCGGGCUCUACUACUAUUACACUGGCACGGAAGGACAACACCCAUACAUCGCACAGCAACACUUUUCUGUCUAUGACUGCAGUGACAGAGAGCAUCAACAGCGUGAAAAGACUGUGUCAUACUACAUGAUUGGCUCCAAUGUUAUGUGCAACUCAAUUGAAAUCAUUUGUGACAGACUACUCCAGUCUAACACAAGCUACAGAAUCAAGUACAUUCUGGCUGAUCAACAUAAAGGAGAGAUCAUGAGCAGUGAUUGGUCAGAUACAUUCAGGACCAAGACAGCAACUACUCCUCACCAAGUACUGGAAGACAACUGGCAGCGGUCUGCAGGGAUGAUCGUCAUCACAGUCAUAUCAUUGUUUCUCCUCUGCUUCCUACUCCUUUGCCUUCUCCUUAUGUGCUGCUACAGAAAGAAAAGGACUGGAAUCAUGUGGAAUACCUGGAUAGGAUAUGACACACAUUUUAAGAGGAAUAUACGCACGGACAAUGUGUUCUCAGCAGCAGGUGGAAUGCAGGAAGAUCGGAAAGUGAACAAUACAUUGUUCGUUCUCCAACCACAGCACCAACGAUACAACGAGGACAAUAUUCCUCAAUCCUGGCAAUUUCCACAAUAUUACAGUGGUUAUGAGCAGAAGACACCGCCAAUAAAUCAAGGAAUAAACUCCAAUCACCUGUCACUCAACUGCGUCUCGCCAACCUCGGAUAAAGGCAUGAUGAUUCAGGACAGUGUUUAUGGAGACAAGGAGUCAAGAAGACAAGGGAUGGGCUCUAAUCAUCUGUCAUACAGCACCCUCAGUAACUCUACAUCCUAUGAUGGCCUGGCCUUCCAGAAGAGAGAUUUCGAUCAGAAACAGCUGGUUCAGACCGGAUUCACCGGGCAUCGAUGGAUCUGGAAUGGAAAAGUUCCAACCAGAUCAAUUCAGACGGGGUCUUUUCGGAGUGGCUCAGAAUCGAAUCGAUUGAUCCAGACGGGAUCAGUUCAGAGUGGGUCCACUCAGUCCAGAUCUGUACUGGACAGAUCAACUCAGACUCUGCAGUUAUGGAAUGGAUCCAUUAAGACUGAAUCAAACCAGACUGAAAUGGCCAAGAUGGGAUGGGCUGAGACUGGAUCAGUCUACACAGAGUCAAUACAGCAUGGAUUAGCUCCAACUGGAUUAAGGGAACACACAGUGGCUCCCAUGGCCACCAGGCUCCCCCUUGGUGUGAGGAUGGUUCAAAGUCGAUCAGUUCAGACUGAGAUGGAAGAGGGCGGAUCACUCGGGAUGGGUUCAGUGCUGUCCACCAAAAGGUACCCCCUCAACGCAAGGAUGGUUCAAAGUCUAUCAGCUCAGACUGAGAUGGAAAAGGGUGGAUCAGUGCUAUCCUCCAACAGGUUCAGUGACACAUCAAGUUUGGUUGAAUCAGUAAGGAUCCGAUCAUCAACACAGUUCAUUAAGUCAAACAGGGAGAUUCAUCUUGUUUCAACCUCUUCACCCACCUCAGGCAGUAUCGAUAACCAAUGAGCAUCAAUCCAAGUUUGCGUUCAAGGUGAAACUUGUCGAACAUCUACUCAUGCUGGGCAAUUAUUGAACAGCAGUGCUUAAAGCAAUUUCCUCUUCACAGAAACGCUUCACAUCAACAGAAAUGAGGAACAAGGAUCUAACAUAUCCAUGGUCAUUGCAAUAGAAAUGUCAACUAUAAUGGGCAGACACUUUGACUGCACUGUAGUGGCUUGCCUAGUGUUUGUAUUUUACUAUAUAUAUUACCAAAAUCUGACAAUGGUGUGCAGCAUUUAAACUUCAAUAAAUACUGUUUUACCAAGUUA